AUGCGCAAGGCCCAAGAGCGGGCUUUUCUUGAGCGCUUCGGGCUCGACCCACCUCUCGGCUUCCAGGUAAGGGCCCAUGCUGUACCGAGAGCACGCUGCCGCGAGGAUGUCCUCGAAGCUGUGCGAAAGGACGGCUGGUCCUUGCAGCAUGCUCCAGCGCACCUACAGGCCGAUCGCGAAGUGGUGCUUGCCGCCGUCGAGGAGGAUGGCUGGGCUUUACAGUUCGCCGCCCCAGAGCUGCACGGCGACCGGGACCUCGUCCUCCGAGCGGCGAGGAAGGAUGGCUGGGUACUGUCCUUGGCCUCGGCGUCCGUGCGUGCGGAUAAGGAGGUCGUGCUGGCAGCCGUCGGUCAAGACUGGCGAGUGCUCCGCAUCGUUCCUGCUGAACUCCGAGCCGAUCGAGAUGUCGUCCUCAAGGCUUUAUUGCAGGAGGGCUGGGCCCUGGAAUUUGCGUCGCCAGAGCUGCAGGCCGACAGGGACGUAGUCUUGACAGCGGUGAAGAAGACAGGGGAGGCCUUACGCUACGCCCGACAGUAUUGCGGCGAUUAUGAAGUCGCUUUCGCGGCUGCUCAGAACUGUGGCUUGGUGCUGGCGCUCCUCGAGCCGCACGUGCAGGAUGCGGCCCUGGUCCUGGCAGCAAUCCGGCAGGAUGCCAGGGCCAUGGACUUCGUCGAACCGCACCUCCGCCCUGCGGUGCAGGAGGCCUUGGGCUUGCCGUACAGCCCGUGGGGAGCUGCAGGUGCGGCGCCGAAGGGCCCCGAGACGACGUGUUCCGAAGCAAGGCUGGCAGAUCCCUUGUUAAAGUCUCACUUCGCUCAGCUGGGCCUGCCUGAGACGGCUUCUGUGGAGGAGGUUCGCCAGAGCUUCCGAAGGCUCGCGCUGAGGUAUCAUCCAGACAAGAACAGCGAGGACGUGGGCAGAGCCACCGAGGCUUUCCAGCGCAUCAACAAGGCCUACACGGCACUGAAAGAGGCAUUUGGAGAAUGA